AUGACAAUAUCUGUAAAAGAUAUAUUUUUUCAUUUAAUUUUAGUGCAAAUUAUAAUAUAUAAUAUAAAAUGUGAAAUAAGUGAAAAUUUAUAUACUUCUAAAAGUGAUGAUACACACAGUAUCGAAGAAUACAACGUUGCUAAUUUGAUAAAUGAAAAACAGUCAAAUAUUACAAAUACAAAUUUAGUUAAUCAAAAUGAACGAUUGAAAAAUAGUUAUAAAGGAUUAUUAAACAAUCAAUUAUAUUCUUUGGGUAAAAGACAUGUAUUACAACAAUCGUCUGGAAAUAAUAAUAUCAAUGCUCUUGAGAAAUUUAAUAAAGAUAAUUCCUUAAUAAAAAAUCCUAAAAGAGGUACAGAUUUUAUUCAAAUAAAACAUAAUAUAAUUAAUAAAAAUGAAACAAAAUUAAACACAAACACGAAUAAUGCACAAUUUACAAAUACAAAAAACAGUAUUAUUAGUUCUCAUGAUCAUUUGGAUAAAUACAACAAAAAUUAUAUUGAUAAUCUUAAAAAUGUAAAAAAUAGUUUUAUCGUGCCAAUUUUAGAUGAUAGCAAUACUGAUUUCGAUGAUGAUAAUUAUUUAGAACCAGAAAAAUAUAUUCCGAUAAAAUAUCCAUUUGACAACCAUGAUAUGAAAUAUAAUAGCAACAAUAUUGAUGGGAAUAAUAUAUAUCAUAAUGAGGGAACAUAUAAAAAAAGUGAUGUAACUGAGAAAGGAAAUUAUAACAGAAAUAUAAAACAUACGACAUGCACUAAAAAUAAAAAAGCAAGUAUAAAUAAAACGCUAGACACGGGAAAUGAAUUUGAUUUAAGGAAUGUGCUACUAGAUGGUUAUAAGCCUGAUGUAAAUAAUUAUACAAAUAUUAAACAAAGUUUUAAAAAUAAAAAAAAAAAAAGAGUUCCACAAAAAUUUAAAGAUUUUGAUUUAUCAGACGCUUUAACACCAAAUAUUAAUGAACAUAAUUCAAUAAAUGAUGGAAACAGAAACAAUAAAAAUGCGAAUUUUAUAAGCGUGAAAGAUUGGGAUACCGAUGAUGAAAUUUCCCAAAAUGAAGCGUUACCCAAAGAAGAUGUAGAUAUGUCCUUAAAAUAUUUGGGAUUAGGAUAUGACAUUAUUAUGGGAAACCCAGAAGGUGACCCAUUGUUAAAUGUAGAUCCAGGAUUUAGAGCCCCAGUUCUUCAAAUAAACAUUAAAGAUGUUGAUAUAAGUAAUAACAAUGAUAAUAUCGAACUAAAUGAGUGCAGCAUAGACAGUCAUUCGAACAUUGAUGAUAUAAAACAUGGUGACAAUAAUAAAACUGUUAGUAGUAAAAAGAAAAUAAUUCCAUGGAUAAUUCCAGAGCAUUCAUGUAACCAAUCAAAAAAUGUCGAAGAAAUAAAAAGUUUAGAAGAAUAUAAAUUAGAAUUAUUAUCAGAUGUUAAAGUAAGUACUCCUUCUAUAUUCCCAUAUUCUUUUUCAGCUUCUGCGGGAUAUAAAAAUGCAUUAAAAAAAUUAAAAAUUCAAAAUUCGAUUAUAUUUAUGAUGAAGAUAUAUUGCUUAAGAUAUUAUACUGGUAUACCUACAACUAUGACAAAGUGGGAAUUUACAGAUAAUUUUCGAAAUGCUUUAAAUAAAUUGCCUCAUACAUUUGAUGGGUUAAAAGAAGAUAAUGAAUGUACAUAUGAAUAUUAUAUAAGCAAAUCACAUACCCCUCAAUGUGAAAAAAAUGUAAAUAAAUGGAUGACUUUUUUUAAACUUCAUGGUACGCAUGUAGCACAUGAAAUGUAUUUAGGUGGUAAAAUUAUAAUAAAGGUAAAUAUAGAAAAAGAAGAAUAUAAUAAAAUAAAAGAAAAUAAUUUAAAUAUGAAAACAAUAUUUGAUUUUUAUUUUCAUAAAAUGGGAUUAUCUGUAAAAAGAAAUAAACAAGUCCAAAAAUUUAUAAAUAAAAUACAUGGAUCAAAAACAGUGUCUAUACUUGGUGGGCAUCCAGGUUUAAAUAUAGAUGAUUCAUCAUUUUUUGAAAAAUGGAUAGAUUCGAUAGAUAAAAAUUCUAUGCCUAUAAGGACGAAAUUAUUGCCAUUUAGUUUUUUUAUGGACGAUCCAAAUAUGAUAAAAGCUUAUAAUGAUGCAUUAAUGUUUUAUGGUUUAACUUAUGGAGUACAAAUAUUUGACCAAAAUCAAUAUAAUAAUAAUGAAAUUUCUAUUGGUAAUUAUUUAGAAAAAUCUAUUCAAAAAAUAUAUCAUGGUUCACCUCCUGGGUUAUUAACAUGCCCAAUUGGUAGUACUAUAUUAAUGGGAUUUUCCCUAAAUUUAGAUUUUUAUAAAAAUCAAAAUUUAAACGAAAUUAUCGGAAUUAAUGCUUGUGAACAAAUGAAAGAAUCAUGUAGUGGAAAUGGGUUUACAAAUAAAUAUUCAGAUAUAAGAAUAUGGGGUCUAUGUUCAGAAAAACAAUUAUAUUUUAUAAAGCAGGUAGUAGAACAAAAUGAAUCAACUAAAACAACAGCAACAUGUCCUGAAGAUUCUGUGAUUUUAUUCGGAUUUGCUUUAAUGAAAGGAAUAGGUAGAUCAUCUGCUAAUACAGUAGAUCUUUAUCCUUGCCGCACAGGUCAAAAUAGUUGCUCAGCUGUUUUACAAAAUCAAAAAUUUAAACAAAGUAUGAUAUAUAUUGCAUGUGUAGAGAAAUCAACUACAGGAUUAGAUGAUCUACAAACUUUUACUAAAAUAAAAAAUCUGGGAUAUGUUGAUCCAAAUAAUUAUCAAAAUGAUGGAUACCUAGAUUUUGAAUGUCCUCAAAAUAGUACUCUUGUAUUUGGUUUUGCUUUGGAAUUUCAUACAAAUUUCCAAAAAGCUAGAAAUAAUUUUAUAAAAUGUUCUAAAGAAGAAAAUACAUGUAGCAUAAAAGGAGUAGGAGUUAACACUAAUUUAUAUUUCUUUAAGAAAGACAAACACUCUCUUGGAAUAGUUGCUCUUUGCCGUUCGACAGUUUCAAAGAUGGGUAAAAAUUAA